GUCAAAGUCGCGGGAGCGUCGCCGAAGGCCGUUCCCCGGCGCGUCCCGCUCGGCGCCGCAGGAGGGGUUCCGAGGGUCCGAGGGACGGACGCAGCGAUGCGCCUUCCCGCGCGCGCUUUCUGGACGCCGCGCCCAGGGUCUCUGGGAGGCGUUUAUGGCAGUCGAGAGAGGGGGGAGCAAAAAAAAAAGCGAACAAAGAAAAAUUUUGACAAAAAUUCACUCAUUCAGAUCUUUGUUGAUUGCUUGAGGCGUGCUUUGCUCUGCGCUCGGCUUCGACGUCUUUUUUCUGCUUCGACAAGCGUUUAGAACAGAAGAUGUCCGUUCGGUUGUUUAGCGGGUUGGGGGCAGCCGCGAGGAGGGCGCCUUCCAGAGAUCGGCACUGGGCGCUUCGUCGCCGCGUGUCCGACGCGUCGAAGGCGACCGCGGUGCCGCCCUACCUCUUGAACACUGCGCCGCUCCAGCUGACGACGCUGCCGAAUGGGAUUCGAGUUGCCACCGAGGAGACGGGGUCCGAGACGGUGACGGUUGGCGUCUACAUCGACGCCGGGAGCGCCUAUGAGACAGAGGAGACGAACGGGGCGGCGCAUUUCUUGGAGCACAUGGCGUUCAAGGGGACGACGAACCGGACUCAAGAGCAGAUCGAGUUGGAGGUCGAAAACAUGGGCGCGCAGCUCAAUGCCUAUACGAGUCGCGAACACACGGUCUAUGUGGGGAGGGCGUUCAAGAGCGAUAUGCCUAAGAUUGUUGACAUUUUGGGCGACAUUUUGCAGAACUCGAAGCUCGAGCCUGCUCACAUAGAGCGAGAGCGUUCGGUAAUUUUGACGGAAAAAGAAGUUGUCGAAUCGAACCUUGAAGAGGUCGUUUUUGACUAUUUACACGCUUCGGCGUAUCAGGGAACGCCGUUGGCUCGAACGAUUCUGGGAGAGGAAAAGAACAUUCGAUCUCUAAAAAGGGAGGACCUCGUAAAUUACAUCAAGACGCACUAUACGGGGAGGCGCCUGGUUGUGGCGGCGGUUGGCUCCGUUAACCAUGACCAGCUCGUCGACCACGUACAAAAAGAGUUCAGUCAAUUGCCUGCCGACUCCGACUUCGAUUUUGGCCCGUUGGCCGACACGGAGUUCACAGGUUCGGAAAUAAAGGUUCAAGAUGACACCCUGCACGAAGUCCACGCGGCCGUCGGCUUUAAGUCCGUGUCUUGGUCCGAGCCAGACUACAUUACCUUCAUGCUCCUUCAGUCCAUGAUCGGGUCCUGGGACCGAUCGAUGGGCGGCGGAAACUCUCUGAACUCGCGCCUUUCCGAAAUCGUCUCUGACGAAAACCUCGCUCACUCCUACAGCACCUUCAACACCUGCUACAACCGAACCGGACUCUUCGGCGUCUACUUCGUCUCGGACUACAACCGAGUGGACGAAAUGUGCGCGGAAGUAAUGCGCGAAUUCGCGCUCGCUCGAAACGUCACUCCACAGGAACUGGAGCGCGCCAAAAACAGAGUCAAAUCCGCCUACCUCAUGCAGCUGGACGGCACCAGCGCCGUCUGCGAGGACAUAGGCAGGCAACUCCUAACCCUCGGGCGUCGCAUGUCACCCAUAGAGGUUUUUUUGAGAAUCGACAAAGUCACCGUGGAAGACAUCAGAAGGGUAGCCUGGGACCACUUCCGAGACGUGGAUCCCGUCGUGUCCGCCAUAGGACCCCUUAAAUACUUCCCCGACUACAAUCUGUGGCGUACGCGUACAACCGAGUUAUAAAAAUCUGUUUCAAAAAAACAAAAAAU